GUAAUACUAGCAGGCUUUGGGUAGCAUGUGUUAGUAUUGACAGUGCAGGUCAGCUGUUGAGGCCGUGAUGGAGGACCUGGCGCUCUACACUGCUCUCGCCCUCCUGGUGGCCCUCGUCCUCGCAUUUAUAACAUAUUACAGCAAGAGGGAAGAAAAAGUGCAAGAGCGAGUACGACCUCCCAGACCUCGUGUGGGUGAAGAUGGUGCUGCUGGAGGAGUUCAUCCACCAAACCGUGCUGCUGCCAACAGAAAUGCUCGGGCAAGGAUGAGAGCAGCUGCACAACGUCGUGAAGAAGUAUCUGACGAUGAUGAUGAGGAUGCAGGAACAGUGGGCGAAGACAUUGCACUACCAGAUGGCAAAGUUGGCAAGAAAAAGAUGGCAAAGCUUCAAGCUAAAGCAGAUAGACGAGUUAUGAGAGAGCAAGAAGAACGGGAACGAGAGGAGAGGAAAGAAAGAGCAGAAAAGGAUGCUGAAGAGAGACGAAAAGAAGAGAAGCUUGAGGCUGAAGAAGAAGCCAGAAAAGCAGAGGAAGAGCAGAAGGAAAAGGAGGAGAAGGAACGUCAGGAGCUGGAGGAGUACAUGAAGCUGAAGGCUCAGUUUGAGGUACAGGAGGAAGGUUUUGAUGAAGUUGCAGAAGAGGAGAAGGAACAGAACCUUCUUAAUGAGUUUGUUGGUUACAUAAAGGGAGAAAAGGUUGUAGUGCUGGAGGAUUUGGCUGCCAGGUUUAAACUGAAGACUCAGGACGCUAUUAACAGAGUUACAGAUCUACAAAAAGAUGGAGUACUCACAGGUGUGAUUGAUGACCGAGGUAAAUUCAUUUACAUAAGCAAAGAAGAACUUGAGGGUGUGGCCAAGUUUAUCAGACAGCGUGGCAGAGUUUCCAUUGCUGAGCUUGCAGAAGCCUCUAACACGCUCAUAACUCUCACCCCAGAGAUUUCAGUUGCAAGCUAAGAUUGCUGUACUGUACUGUAUUAUGUACAGUAAUGCUGUUUCUGCAUAUGAGGAACUGUUUUAUUAUAAUGUACUGUAUGUAUAGAUUAUUUUUUUGUUUGUAUUUUCAGUAAUAUAGAACAUUAUGAACUUGUUAUUCUUUCUAUACUAUAAAUUGUGUACCUAGCAAAGUGCUGUAUGUUGUACGUUGCACUGUGCAGGUAUGUUUAUUUUUUGUGUAGUUUAAUUUCACAGGCUUGUUCAAUUGGGGUACAAAUUUAUGGUAUUCUACUCUUGAAGGGAUAUGAAGAAUGUACAGUACUCUACAGCCCUCAACAAAAAUAUCAGUAGACUGAAUGGGAUAUUUUUUCUGAAGAGGUAAAUUUUAUUACUUUCUCGUCUAUUUAGUGAUUUUGUUUAAUAAAAUUCCAUGUCUCGAA